AUGUCUUCUUGUGAGGGGUUCAACAACCCCAUCAUUCCGGGCUUCAACCCAGAUCCUUCCAUCUGUCGAGUAGAUGACGACUACUUUUUAGUCACUUCUACAUUUGAAUAUUUCCCAGGCAUUCCAGUCUACCACAGCAAAGAUCUUCUACAAUGGGAGCUUAUUGGUCAUGUCAUUACAAGACAUUCGCAAAUUAAUAUGCGAACAACUGAGCCCUCUGGUGGUUUAUGGGCACCGACAAUUCGCUAUCACAAAGCACGAUUUUAUGUAUCUGUAGGAUGCACACAUCGUUUCCGACCGAAGGAAUGGGAUAUUGUGAUUCCUCGUGGAUUCUAUGUUUCCACAUCAGACAUAUGGGAUUCAUCUUCAUGGUCUGACCCAACUUUCUUUGACGUCCCUGGAAUUGAUCAAGAUCUAUUUUUCGAUGACAAUGGCAAAGUGUAUUUUUCUGCUGUGAACAUGAUCAUCGAUCCCAAGGUCAAGAAGCAUGGUCUCGGGCUGGCAACCUUCACCGUUGAGAUCGACCUUGCUACUGGUCGGUGCCUCGGGCCUGCAGAAUGGAACCGACUGUCAGAUUUCGGGAUUGGUAUUGCAGAGGGUCCUCACAUCUUUAAAAAGGACGGCUAUUACUACUUGACUACUGCCGAAGGUGGCACCGAUGAAGGUCACCAACAGUGGAUUUUCCGCAGUACCGAAGGGCCAUUUGGUCCGUGGGAAGUAGGUCCCGAGGGAUCUGUCAAUCCAAUUAUUUUCAAUAAUGAUCAUCCUCAAAUCCGCAAUACGGGACACUUGGACUUCAUUGAGACCCCCAAUGGGAAAUGGUUUGCCGUGUUUUUGGGAGUCCGGCCUCAAGGUGAGAAGUCCGAACUUCCUUCACAACUCGGUCGGGAGACAUUCAUGAGUCCUGUUGAAUGGAUUGAUGGAUGGCCAAUUGUCAAUGAGCGACAGCCUAUCAGUCUUCAUAUAAAAGGAGAGAAUAUGCAGGUUAUUCCCCGGCCACAAAUUUGGAGAGAUGACUUUGAAAAGCCAACACUUCAGCUUGGCUGGUAUCAUCUGCGAACUCCGUUGAAACAUGAUUAUUCUUUGUCAGAGCGACAGGGGUCACUGAGUCUUUACGGAAAUGCCUAUCGUAUUGACAGCUCCGAAUGCCCUUCUAUGCUUCUACGGAAGCAAACCUGCUUCUCUGGCGACUGGAAAGUCAAAUUGCAAUUCCAGCCAACGAAUGCUGGUCAUGAAGCAGGGGCAGCGAUUUGGUGGUCUCAAUUUGCUCAUGCUUCGAUCGGACUGAGAAAGCCAUUUGAUGAAGAUAAUUCAGGACUCGAGAUGGUAGCACGUUGUUACGAUGAGACUGAAGAUCAGUUUAAGGAAUAUAAGCACCAACUAGAGCUUGAAGAUAAUUCGGUUGAAAUUCUUAUUCGCGCACAACCUACGCGCUGGGCGAAAUAUCCAGCAAAGCACUGA